AUGCUUCCCUGGAGACGCGUGCUGGUCCUGGCUCCCUUCGUUGCCAACCAGAGCUGCGACCCCUUCACCUCGCCGUCCAAGCCGUGCACCCUGGGCAACUAUGUGGUCUACGCCGUGGAAGCCCAGUCGGCGGCCGACAUCAUCGCCGCCGUCAAGUUCGCCAAGCAGAACAACAUCCGCUUCGUCAUCCGCAACACCGGCCAUGACUACCUGGGUCGGUCCACAGGCGCCGGCGCCCUCUCGUUCAGGGAGUGGAAGGGCAAGGACUACACCGGCAGCGCCGUCAAGCUCGGCGCCGGCGUCCAGGGCUUCCAGGUAUUGUCGGCCGCUCUCGAAAAGAAGCAGGUGGUCGUGGGCGGUGAGUGCCCGACCGUCGGAAUCGCUGGUGGUUACACCCAAGGCGGUGGUCACUCUGCCCUGAGCACCUCGUUCGGCCGACGACAACACGCUCGAGUUCGAGGUCGUCACGGCCUCGCGCACGCAGAACGCCGAAACCUGUACUGGGCCCUGUCCGGAGCCAUGGUCGUCUACUACUCCACCUCGAGCUUCUUCCAGAUAGCGCCCCUGACGGCCUACAACAAGACGGCGGCCGAGGUCGAGGCCAUGCUGUCUCCGUUCGCGGCCAAGCUCACCGCCAUGGGCGUCAAGUAUACCCUCGGAUACUCGCAGUCGGCCACCUACUACGACCACUACGACAAGUACUUCGGCCCGCUGCCCGUCGGCAACAUCGAGGUCGGCAUCGCCCAGUACGGCGGCCGGCUCGUCCCCCUCUCCACCUUUGCCAACGACCCGGCCGCCAUGUCCGCCGUGACCCGCUGA